AUGUCCGCGGCUCUGGCUAGGGUGAGCACGCCCGUGAAGCAGGUCGCGGCGACCCCAACUGCCAACAGCCCAGGUACUUGGAGACAUCCGCGACUCCACGAAAUCGCCAGGCGUCGUGAUGCCUCAAACUUCUCGGAGAAAAAUGUGCGGCGAAUAAUCUAUAACAUCAUUGCCUUGCUGCUGAUGUGGUCUGUCCAUCUGCUGGCCAAGUUCAAGAUUGACGCGCAAAUGUUUCCCAAGUCGUUUCGACAAUACUUUGGCUGGGCGUGGUUCCUCAUCCAGCUGGUCCCCUUCAUCCAGAUUGGCAUGGCAUGCCUGCCGCUUGUCCGUCCCAAGGACGAGCUCUCCGAUAUCCCGUUGACGGCUGCCCAGCGGAAACUGCUGGGACUCAACCCGACGGCUAUCGCACCAACUCCCGAUGCAAAGUUCAGCACCCCGCCGCGAUAUUCACGAACGCCAUCCAUUGCGGGUUCUGUUGGCAGCAGAGCUAGCUACAACGGCUCCCCACUCGAAGGACGAGGAAGCCCUGUCCCCUUUUCUCUGUCUCAGAGCUUUGCCGGCUCCGUCUCCCAAUUCUCCCCCAACACCGUUGGAAGCCCUCUAUCGCAGAGUGUUAACGGCAUGAGCCACAGGAGAUCUUCUUUUGGAUCACCAAGCUCCUUUAGCAGCUCCUUCAAUGGCAGCAACUUUGGCGCAAGCACCUCGUCAAACAUCUUUUCUGACCCCACCUCACCAAGCCCAUCAGCAGGCAAGAGGACAAGCAUUGGGCUCAAUAAUAAGUGGCUAUACGAGAAGGGAAGAAAGUCCUCGGGGAGCACUUGGGUUUAUUGA